GAUGCUCAUCUCCGUAGGAUCAGCAUGAGGUCCACUCCUCCCCUACAGCAACACCUUCCCUGGAGCUUUGGCACACGGCACAAAUAACGUGACCUCAUCUCCUCACAGCUUGCUUUCUUGUGGCUGUAAAUGUCUGCUUUUAAACGCUCAGGUGAACGAAGGAUGCAGUGGACAGCGCUGGUCUUCGCUGUGCUGUUGAUUGGUUCCAGUAUCUGUUCGGUGUUGGGGAAUUCGGUAUUACUUCUGGUGGUGUUAUUCGACAAGAGCCUUCAGACGGACACCUGGCCUCUUACGCUCAGUUUCUGUCUAAGCGAUCUGGCGUUGGGCAUCUCCGUCAUGCCGUUUGGAAUCCAUAACAGUCUUUUUCAAGUCAAGGGAUAUGCUAGCAAGAGUGCCCUCUGUCAGGGCAGCGCCGCCUUGUUUCUUCUCCUCCAACUUGCUUCCAUCCAUUCCCUCACAUGGGCCGCUGUCGACAAGUUCACAGAGAUCUGUUUUGCCCUCAACUACGCUGGCAUCUUCACAGCUCACAGGGUCAAAAUCAUCCUCGCUAUGGUGUGGGUGUAUAGUCUUCUCAGCGCUGCCAUGCCAUUCAUCGGUUUUGGUAGUUACAGCUACAGCGAGAAGAAGUUCCUCUGCGUUCCCAGCUUCCAACCGUCCAGCGUCGGCUUCAACAUGCUCUUCAUGGGGCUGGGAAUAAUCAUUCCCAUUCUUCUAAUGUGCUGCAUGUACGGAUAUAUAGUUUAUGUAGCGUGGAAUCAGGUGAGACGAGGGACGUUCGUUUGCAACGAAGACCACUGUUUCUAUGUACCAGCCAAUAGUUACUUCAAGAGCUCCAUAGUAAUGGUGGCAACCAUAGUGUGCCUGCUUGUGUGCUGGCUGCCGUACAUCAUUAUCUGCUUCUACGAGACACUGACAGGAAAGGAGAGCUCGCAGUCUGCCUCGGUUUUUGCCACGUGGCUUGUGCUCUUCACUUCAGCUCUCAACCCAUGGAUCAACUCCAUGACUCAAACGAGGUACAGAGUUGCACUACGCAGAAGCGUGAAUAAAAUCCGACUGAUGUUUCAGCAUCCUCGUAAAAACUCCCUCCCCCAGUGCACAACGAUACCGGACAACUCCCCUGCAUCAUCUCCCAGCGUACCAACAGGACCACAAACAAACAACGGAGCACAACAGGACCUCACGCUGGCUUGAAUACGAUCUGAAUGACCUUCGGCCAUUUGUGUCGGCGGUUUAAAUUGAGCAGAUAUAAUCAUGAUUUACAGAAUCAUCGCUCACAGCAUCGCUUUACCUGACAAAACCAAGCAUGGAGUCGACGGAGAUAACCAGGAGCAAAUUGCUGCUUAUGUUGUAAAGAGACUUGACCGAGACCUUGAUGAAAUGAAAUCUUUAAACAACUCAAUUUAACAAAGACUGCCUAAGGAAAACAUCAUUUUUCUCUAAUGAAAACUGUGACUUGCAUUUCUUAAAGAACAAAUAAAAGUUGCUUUUA